GUGGGUGGGUGCGAGCGCGGGGGACCCGUGCGCGCCGCCGCCAUGCGGGAGCGGAGGCCGGCACCGGCCGCCCCGGCACGGUGCAAGCUGGUGCUGGUGGGUGACGUGCAGUGCGGCAAGACGGCCAUGCUGCAGGUGCUGGCCAAGGAUUGCUACCCCGAGACGUACGUGCCCACCGUGUUUGAGAACUACACGGCGUGUCUGGCCAGCGAGGAGCAGCGGGUGGAACUGAGCCUCUGGGACACCUCCGGCUCCCCCUACUAUGACAACGUGCGGCCCCUGUGCUACAGCGACUCGGACGCCGUCCUGCUCUGCUUCGAUGUCAGCCGGCCCGAGACCCUCGACAGCGCCACCAAGAAGUGGAAGACAGAAAUCCUGGAUUAUUGCCCCAACACCCGCGUGCUGCUCAUCGGCUGCAAGACGGACCUGAGGACAGACCUGAGCACGCUGCUGGAGCUCUCGCACCAGAAACAGGCGCCCAUCUCCUACGAGCAGGGCUGCGCGGCCGCCCGGCAGUUGGGAGCCGAGGGUUACCUGGAAUGUUCUGCCUUCACCUCGGAGAAAAGCGUGCACAGCAUCUUCCGGGCCGUGUCCGGGCUGUGCCUGAGCAGCGCCGCCCCGCAGCCGCCCCGCAGCCCCGGCCGCAGCCUCUCCAAGCGCCUCCUGCACCUCCCCAGCCGCUCCGAGCUCAUCUCCUCCACCUUCAAGAAGGAAAAAGCAAAAAGCUGCUCCGUCAUGUGAAGGGGGGAAGGGAAUCACACACACACACACACACACACACACACACACACACACACACAGCCCUUCCCCCUCCCACCAAAUUUGGGAAUUUCCCCCCCAACACACGGAAUGGGGUGGGGAUUGGGAGGUCCCCCCCCUGCUCUAAAGGAGGGUUUGGGGUGCUGCCCUUGCCUGGCAUCACUGCCCUGGGAGGGGGCAUCACCCGGUUCCCAGCUCUGAGGGGGUCCCUGUGAGGUUUGGGGUGCACAAGACCCUGGGGUCAUCAAUCCUGGGGGGUCCCUGUGAGGUUUGGGGCACACAGGACCCUGGGGUCAUCAAUCCUGGGGGGUUUUGGGGUGCUCAGACCUUCAAGGACAUCGACCCUGUGGGGUUUGGGGCACACAGGACCCUGGGGUCAU